CAAAUGUUAUAGGGACCCCUGAUUUCUAAUGGGGGGGACCUGGUGAGGAGCAGUGGAUUUGGGGCUCAGUCACCUCCCCACUAUCACUGAACAGAAUUGUUAUUUUUGGGCUACUGGGGUAAUAAAGUUCUGAUCACUAAAGUCCCUAUUGGUUAAUAUUGGCCCGUAAGAUGUUUAGGCCAAUCAGAGAGCUGCUCAGUACUUCAGCUGUCACUGUGCUGAUAGGGAUAAGUGUCAGUCUCGUGUAUGAGCUCAAUGAUUGGCUGAUAAUAGUCACGGGCACACAAGGCUCCAGCUGUAUCAGUUGUGCCCUUCUGAGCCCCUUCUGUGUUUAUUUGGGGUAUUUAAGCCGCUCCUCCCAGUAAGUCGCAUUGUUAUUGGUUCAUAUCUGUCCGUGUCCCGGAUACAAGAGUCUGUCAGGCCAAUCAGUGAGCGCGGGGCGUGUCUGUUAUUUCUGACUGAUCAGUGAAUCUCCGGCUCGAGUCCCUACAGACAAUCAGCUCCUCCCCCCCAGUCUGACUCCGCAGCACGUGAUCCAAUAAGGACUGAAGGGGUCGGAGGGUCGGACAGACACACGGGCGGUUUGUGAAGUUUCUGGGGGAGGAGUCGUACGAGAAGGGGCGGGGCCCGCGGGGCUUUCGCUUUCGUUUAUUGUCAGGAGGGAAAAAGCAGCGGCCGCGCUGGGUCGGAAGUCUGUGACUGAGGGGUCGGGACUCACAGCCGUGAGACUGCACAGCCUGACGUCAUGACUUGGUACAAGAGGGGGGUGCAGGUUUGCGGGGUCCCUGGACAUUUGUUUGAAGAGGAGCUUCUGAGAGACAAACUUAUAAUUCAUUUCUUGCGCCCCAAAAACCAGGGGGGUGAAAUUCAGGAGCUGCGUUACCCCACGAAGGACAGUGGAGUUGCCAUACUGACAUUUGAAGAUGAAGAAGUGGCAGAACGUAUCUUAAAGACAACACAUUUGCUUGAUGUGAACGGGCAGUCGUUUGUGCUGGAAGUGAUGCGCCUCCAGUUCUCCAUGCUAGUGAUAACUUCCCUGGAUCUAAGUCGUUUCAAAAACCUGAAUCUCCUGGUGGAUUUAUUGGAGAAGCACAGAGUCACAAUACUGGGCAGAAGAGAUGAGACGCUCAAUAUAUCUGCCGAAUUUGAAGAUCUACGAAAAUUUAGAAGUGAAAUUAUGGCCAAAGCCCUGACAUGUGACACAUCCCCCCUGGGCCAGAGGUCACGGAAGCAAAUAUCUGUAUCAGGGCUGGAAUCCCCAGUGAAGGACAAUCUUGGAGUGAGGCCUACAAGCCGACAACCUUCUGGAAAUGCUAAUAAUAUGGAGAAACCCCAGAGCAGAAGGACACCAAACAUGUCCAGUUCCCAUGAGAAACUCCCAAGCAGGUCUAGUUCCCAUGAGAAACUCCCAAGCAGGUCUAAUUCCCAUGAGAAACCCCCAAGCAGGUCUAAUUCCCAUGAUAAACCCCCAAGCAGGUCUAAUUCCCAUGAGAAACCCCCAAGCAGGUCUAAUUCCCAUGAGAAACCCCCAAGCAGGUCUAAUUCCUAUGAGAUACUCCCAAGCAGGUCUAAUUCCCAUGAGAAACCCCCUAGCAGGUCUAAUUCCCAUGAGAAACCCCCAAGCAGGUCUAAUUCCCAUGAGAAACCCCCAAGCAGGUCUAAUUCCCAUGAGAAACCCCCAAGCAGGUCUAAUUCCUAUGAGAUACUCCCAAGCAGAACCAUGAGAAGGGAAGCCGAUAUGGCGCCCACCUUUAGAAAUGCCGAUACUUUGAGGGUAAGACCCAUGGCCAGCACCAUAGACUCAGUUGUCCAAGGUUCAAACACAACAUCAGAAGGUGGAAUGUCCUUUAAAGCAACAAUGAAUCCAAGAGUGAGAAUGAACAAUGACUCAGUCUCACAAAAGCUGACUGACCUCAACCUUGUCUCUUCCACCAUCGUCAGGAGCCGACCUUCUGGAGAAGCCAUCAGAACCACUAGGAAACCAUCAGCCGUUACGAAAGACUUCCCCUCCGAAAAGGCACUUGUGAAAAGUUUCCCUGUGGAUAAGGAUGUCCUUCACUACAUUGGGGUAUUUAAGAAGCAGUACAUUGAUGAGGUGCUCAGGAGAGGUUUCACUGAUAUAGAAGUGGCAGAGGGUGAGGAUAUUUCCUACGUCACCCUAAAAUCCCAAUCCCCCUUCUUACAAGUGCUCUUUACAGAUUGUUGUGAUAAAAUAUCAGAGCUUUUCAGUAAAGGGCAGAACAGUCUAAGGACUGAAGAUCUGGAUCUGACCCAGGUCCCACCCUUGGCAAGAAGAGACAUUACUAAAGAAAUAGAAAAUCUUGGACGUGCGAACAGUGUUGCUGUUGUUGAUUAUAAAGAUUUGUUACACCUCAUCGGGGGUUCCUCCCAUAUCCACCUGCUUAAAGAACGGUGGAAAACAAUUAGUCAGUCAAGGCCGCCGUAUGCUGGUCAAGAGGCGCUGAGCUCGGGGCAAAUAAGUUUGCCCCACCCUCCCGAUAUGGGGAGGAGCUAUGCUGGUGCCAAUGAGAAGAAGACCAACCAUGGUGACCAGGACGUGGCACAAGCUGUACGGCAUAAGGCCGGUGUGACCAGCAGUCCACAGACAGUCAGGACGGGCAACCAAUCCAAAGGCUUUGUGAGACAUGAGACCGUGGGCGUUACUAGUCCAAAACCGAACAGAUAGAGGAGGAGAACUAAAUGUGGGAAUUUCUUUUUUUAUUAUAUUGUGUUUCCUCUUAGCUCUGCUGGGUUCUGCCACCUUAUAUCCACUGUGCUACAUAAUAUAUAGUCAUGAUCUGCUCCUUAAAGGAUAAGUAAACCUUUAAAAUAAGUGAAUGUAAAAUUGAUGAGGGGGUUCUUCUGCUUAGGAAAGAUGUGAGAAAGGUUUCUAAUUU